AUGCAUAAUUGUACCAGAUUGGAAAGACGACAGGCCAUGAGCGAGAACAAGCAUGGUCUCUACACCGAGAUUGACAAUGAAAAGGAGUUUAUGAAUAUUACUACUUCCGAAAAAUAUGUCGUUGGUCACUUUUUCCACAAGGACUUUAGAAGAUGUAAAAUCAUGGACACUCAUUUGGAGAAAUUGGCUGCUAAACAUUAUGGUACUCGAUUUAUUCGAAUUGAUGUUCAAAACGCGCCUUUCUUAGUAGAGAAGCUUCAGGUUCAAACACUUCCAUGUGUUAUGGCGUGGGUUAAUGGUUACUGCCAAAUCAAACUGAUUGGGUUUGAUGAACUUGGAAAUUCGGAUGGCUUCCAGACAUCUCUCUUGGAGUUAAAGUUAAAUAACUCGGGUAAGUGA